UUGAAAAUGUUAAUUCACUUGAACCUAAAUUAACUGAUCUUAAAAAUAUACUGUCAAGUGAUUUAAAGAAAAUAUCUGCAUAUGAUUAUUUGAGAUAUAAAUCUUUGCAACUAUUUUUUAAAG